AUUCGACCUGUCAAGAAACCAAAGUCAAGGAAUCCACCAAAGAAGAAUGGGGUCGUACACCCAGCACUGGGUACCAGUGAGGACAGUGAAUCUGACAGCAGAGAAGAGGAAAUGCAACCAGAGAGAAGAUAUCCAGAAAGAAUUCGAAGACCUCCAGAAAAAUACACAUAA